AUGAAAAAAAGGAAAUUGAAGGGUACGGAUGUGUUCUUGGAUAAUAAGCAAACAGAAAGAGAGAUAGAAACUGAAGUGGAAAAAAAAGCAACGGAGUAUGCAGAACAGGUGUAUAUUGAAUGGGGCAAUAAGAAGGAAGUUAAAGAGGAAAUAGAAUGGUCAAAGAUAAGAUAUAAUAUACGAUGCAGCAAACUUAGCAAAAAUUAG